ACAGACAAAACCAAUCAACCAAGAAAAAAAUGUUCAAAUUCAUUGUAUUUUUUGCUUUAAUUGCUGUUGCUAUCGCCAAGCCAGGACAUUUGGCUACCCACAGUGUAGUUGAACCAGCUCAUGUUGGAUCUGUUGUACACUCAAUACCAUCAGCUAUAUCACAUCAGUCUAUCACUAGAGUUCACAAUUCAGCUCAUGUUGCUCCAAUUGUAGCUCCAGUUGUUAAGACUUAUCAUGUCGAGCCAGUUGUUCAUGCUGCACCUGUAGUUCAUGCAGCUCCAAUUGUUCAAGCUCCUGUUGUUCAUUCAGCACAAGUUCUUCAUACAAGUGUACAUUCGGCUCCAGUUGUACAUACAGCUCAGGCUUAUCAUGCUGCUCCAGUUGUUCAUGCCGCUCCAGUACUUCAUUCAUCAGUACUUCAUGCUGCUCCUGCUUACCAUCAUCAUCAUUGAAAGUUAAAAUUUGUAUCAAAUUUUUGGGCCAUAUUGAAAAUAAAUUGU